UCAACUUAUUUCCAAAAAAAAAAUCUUUUUUUUUCUUUUCUUCUCUCUCUUCUUUCUAAUGAUGAGUAAUAAUAAUAAUAAUAAUAAUAAUUUAUCAAAUAAAGAUGAAUUAUUUGAGCUAAGAAGAGGUCCAUGGACUCUUGAAGAAGAUAAUCUUCUUAUUCAUUAUAUUUCUACUCAUGAUGAAGGUCGUUGGAAUGCCUUAGCAAAAUGUGCUGGAUUGAAAAGAACAGGAAAAAGUUGUAGACUAAGGUGGCUGAAUUAUUUAAAACCAGAUAUUAAACGUGGAAAUCUCACUCCACAAGAACAACUCUUAAUUCUUGAACUUCACUCCAAAUGGGGAAAUAGGUGGUCAAAGAUUGCUCAGCAUUUACCAGGAAGAACAGACAACGAAAUCAAGAAUUACUGGAGAACGAGGGUGCAAAAACAAGCCAGACAACUUAAAGUUGAUUCAAAUAGCAAGAAGUUUGUUGAAGCAAUCAAGAAUCUAUGGGUACCAAGAUUACUUGAAAAAAUGGAACAAUGUUCUUCAUCAUCAAUUGAAAAAAAACUUCCUAAUUUACCCUUAAUCAACAAUAAUCAAGAACCUUGUACAAAACACAACAAAUCCCAUGAUACUAAUAACAACCACAACACAACAUGGGGUUCACUAGAAAAUUCAUUAGAUUCAAUGAAUGUGUUGAAUGAAAAUUUGAAUUCAAUUCUUCAAGAUGAUGAAUGUUAUCAUGUGGGAAGUUUCAUUCAGCAGCCAGAGCAUUUAACAUAUCAAGAAAUGUCAAUUUCAGAAUGUGAGGUGGCAGAAGCUAAUUGGUUCAAUGAUGAAGGAUCAUUGUGGAACAUGGAUGAACUUUGGCAAUUCAAAAAGCUAGGAGAUGUAGACAUCUAGCUAGACUUGAACAAUUUUCAAUAGUCAAGAAAAGGGAU